CGCGCGGAGUGGGGACGCGAGGGAAGGUUCCGCCUCUAGGGCUGGCAGGCGCCUGCGCCCGCGGGGCUCCUGUCAGGACGCGCAUUCUCGCUCGCUCCCUCCCUCCCCCGGCUGCGCGCGCCCAGUGGGCGUGGGAGGAGGCGGGGAACCGGGGAGGGGCGGGUGUCGCGGGAGGGAAGGAGCGAACCGGAGAGCGUCGUCCUGAGAGGAGUGAAGGCGGCAAAAUGGCGGACCGCUUCUCCCGCUUCAACGAGGACCGAGACUUUCAGGGUAAUCACUUUGAUCAGUAUGAAGAAGGACACUUGGAAAUUGAACAAGCAUCACUUGACAAGCCUAUAGAAUCGCAGUUGGCCCAUAUUAGCUAAGCAGCCAUGAUCUGCCCAGUUUUUAAAGCCAGGAUAAUAUUGGACACCGCUUACUCCAGAAACAUGGGUGGAAGCUGGGCCAGGGAUUGGGAAAAUCUCUUCAGGCAUUAUGAUCCUGGACUUGUUGUGGUGAUGGUAAACUUAGCAGUGGGAGAACAGAUCCUAUUCCAAUCGUUGUCAAGUAUGAUGUUAUGGGCAUGGGCCGCAUGGAAAUGGAGCUUGAUUAUGCUGAAGAUGCUACUGAACGUCGCCGUGUCCUGGAAGUGGAAAAAGAAGACACGGAAGAGCUGAGACAAAAGUACAAGGAUUAUGUUGACAAAGAGAAGGCAAUUGCCAAAGCCUUAGAAGACCUCAGAGCCAACUUUUACUGUGAACUCUGUGAUAAGCAAUAUCAGAAACAUCAGGAAUUUGACAACCAUAUCAACUCCUAUGAUCAUGCACACAAGCAGAGAUUAAAAGAUCUCAAGCAGAGAGAGUUUGCUCGAAAUGUCUCUUCAAGAUCCCGCAAGGAUGAGAAAAAACAGGAAAAGGCCCUUCGGCGGCUCCAUGAGUUGGCAGAGCAAAGAAAACAAGCUGAAUGUGCACCUGGAAGUGGCCCCAUGUUUAGACCAACCACAGUGGCUAUAGAUGAAGAAGGUGGAGAAGAUGAUAAGGAUGAAUCAGCUACAAAUAGUGGCACAGGUGCUACUUGUGGCCUGGGAUCUGAAUUCUCCACAGAUAAAGGAGGCCCUUUCACUGCAGUACAAAUCACUAAUACCACUGGACUGACACAGGCUCCUGGGUUAGGCUCCCAAGGCAUCAGCUUUGGCAUUAAGAAUAAUCUGGGGACCCCACUGCAAAAAUUGGGAGUAUCAUUUUCCUUUGCCAAGAAGGCUCCUGUCAAACUUGAAUCAAUAGCAUCAGUUUUCAAGGACCAUGCAGAGGAAGGGCCCUCUGAAGAUGGAACAAAAUCUGAUGAGAAGGGUUCUGAACAAGGACUGCAAAAGGUGGGAGACUCUGAUGGUAGCAGUAAUCUUGAUGGUAAAAAAGAGGAUGAAGACACUCAGGAUGGAGGGUCCCUUGCCUCAACAUUAUCCAAGUUAAAAAGGAUGAAGCGAGAAGAAGGUGCUGGGGCUACAGAGCCAGAGUAUUACCACUAUAUCCCCCCAGCACACUGCAAAGUAAAACCUAAUUUUCCCUUCCUGCUCUUUAUGAGAGCCAGUGAACAAAUGGAAAGUGACAAUAGCACACAUCCAAAGAAUGCCCCAGAGAGCAGAAAAGGCAGUUCUCCAAAGCCUAAAGGCUGCAUCAAGAUGGCAGCAAGCCAGGGAGCAGAAAAGACAGUUAGUGAAGUCUCCGAGCAGCAGAAGGAAACCAGUAUGACCGAGUCCUCAGAGCCUGGAAGCAAAGCUGAGGCAAAGAAGGCGAUAGGAGGGGAUGUAAGUGAUGAGAAUUUAGAGGUUCAAAGCCAGAAGCCUUCAGAAGUCCAAAUGUGUGAGUCUAAUCCUUCUAAAGAAACCUCUCCAGCCAUCCCAACAGGGAAAGAAAGCCAGGAGGGACCCAAACAUCCUACUGGUCCCUUCUUCCCAGUUUUGAGCAAAGAUGAAAGCACUGCCCUCCAGUGGCCAUCUGAACUAUUAAUUUUCACCAAGGCAGAACCCUCCAUUUCAUACAGUUGUAACCCUCUAUACUUUGACUUUAAACUUUCAAGGAACAAAGAUGCCAGAGGUAAAGGGACAGAAAAACCAAAGGAUAUAGGAAGCUCCUCAAAGGACCAUUUCCAAGGCCUAGAUUCUGGUGAGUCAAUUAAAAACAAGGAAGGGGGAGAGAAAGUUGUACAUUCCUCAGGAGGCAAAAUGGAUGCACCUGCUUCAGGAUCUGCCUGUAGUGGCCUAAACAAGCAGGAACCUGGGGGCAGCCAUGGGUCAGAGACAGAAGACACAGGGAGAAGCCUUCCUAGCAAGAAAGAACGAUCUGGGAAGUCCCAUCGACACAAAAAGAAAAAGAAGCACAAAAAAUCCAGCAAACACAAACGUAAACACAAGGCUGACCCAGAAGAGAAAAGCUCUAAGGCAGAGUCUGGGGAGAAGUCUAAGAAGCGCAAGAAACGAAAACGAAAGAAGAAUAAGUCAUCAGCCCCAGCAGAUUCUGAACGAGGACCGAAACCAGAACCUCCUGGGAGUGGCAGUCCUGCACCACCAAGAAGACGGCGGCGAGCUCAAGAUGACUCCCAGCAGCGAUCCCUCCCAGCUGAAGAAGGAAACAGUGGCAAGAAGGAUGAAGGUGGGGGUGGCAGCAGCUCCCAAGAUCAUGGUGGGAGGAAACACAAAGGUGAACUUCCAACUUCAUCCUGCCAGCGAAGAGCUGGCACCAAACGGAGCAGCCGGUCUAGCCAUCGAAGCCGACCCAGUAGUGGAGAUGAGGAUAGCGAUGAUGCUUCGUCACGCCGGUUGCACCAGAAAUCUCCAUCCCAGUACAGUGAAGAGGAAGAGGAGGAAGACUCAGGCAGCGAGCAUUCCCGUAGCCGCUCACGGUCUGGCCGGCGCCAUUCCUCACAUCGUUCCUCCCGGCAUUCUUACUCAAGUAGUUCAGAUGCUUCUUCAGACCAGAGCUGCUAUAGUAGGCAGCACAGCUACUCUGAUGACAGCUACAGUGAUUAUAGUGAUCGAUCACGAAGGCACUCCAAGCGCUCCCACGACUCAGAUGACUCAGACUAUGCCAGCUCCAAGCACCGAUCCAAACGGCACAAAUACUCAUCUUCUGAUGAUGAUUAUAGCCUCAGUUGCAGCCAGUCCCGAAGCCGAUCUCGGAGUCAUACCAGAGAACGCUCAAGAUCUCGGGGACGCAGCCGCAGCAGCAGUUGUAGUCGCAGUCGGAGCAAGCGGAGAAGCCGUAGCACCACAGCCCACAGCUGGCAACGGAGCCGGAGCUAUAGCCGAGACCGCAGCCGCAGCACCAGGAGCCCUUCCCAGAGAUCAGGCUCCAGGAAGGGAUCUUGGGGUCACGAAAGCCCUGAGGAGAGGCGUUCUGGGCAUCGAGACUUCAUUCGUUCUAAGAUCUACCGUUCCCAGUCCCCCCACUAUUUCCGAUCAGGCCGAGGAGAAGGUCCUGGGAAGAAAGAUGAUGGCAGAGGAGAUGACAGUAAAGGGACAGGACCACCCUCCCAAAACAGCAACAUUGGCACAGGAAGGGGGUCAGAAAGUGACUACAGCCCUGAAGACAAGAAUUCUGUCACUGCCAAACUGCUGUUGGAGAAGAUCCAGUCAAGGAAAGUGGAGAGGAAAUCCAGUGUGAGUGAGGAGGUGCAGGCCACCCCUAGUAAAGCUGGGCUCAAGCUCAAGGACCCCCCUCAAGGUUACUUUGGGCCCAAGCUCCCCCCCUGUCUUGGCAAUAAGCCUGUCCUUCCGCUGAUAGGGAAGCUCCCAGCUACCCGAAAGCCCAACAAGAAAUGUGAAGAGUCUGGCUUGGAAAGGGGGGAAGAGCAAGAGCAGUCAGAGACGGAAGAGGGCCCCCCAGGGAGUAGUGAUGCCCCAUUUGGGCAUCAGUUCCCCUCAGAGGAAACAGCUGGCCCCUUAUCAGACCCACCCCCAGAAGAGCCAAAGUCUGAAGAAGCUACUGCUGAUCACCCUGUGGCUCCACUAGGCACGCCAGCACACUCUGACUGCUACCCUGGGGACCCAACCAUCUCCCAUAACUACCUCCCUGACCCCAGUGAUGGGGACACCCUAGAAUCCCUGGAUAGUGGCAGUCAGCCAGGCCCUGUGGAAUCCACCUUGCUGCCUAUAGCACCAGACCUUGAGCACUUCCCCAGUUACGCACCUCCCAGUGGGGAACCUAGUAUUGAGUCAACAGAUGGGGCCGAGGAUGCUUCACUGGCCCCCCUGGAGAGCCAGCCCAUCACCUUCACUCCUGAGGAGAUGGAGAAGUACAGCAAGCUCCAGCAGGCUGCUCAGCAACACAUCCAGCAGCAGCUUCUAGCCAAGCAAGUAAAGGCCUUUCCAGCCUCAGCUGCCCUGGCCCCAGCCACACCAGCCCUGCAGCCCAUCCACAUUCAGCAGCCAGCCACAGCCUCUGCCACCUCCAUCACAACUGUUCAGCAUGCCAUCUUACAACAUCAUGCUGCAGCAGCUGCUGCUGCUAUUGGCAUUCACCCCCACCCUCAUCCCCAACCACUUGCCCAGGUACACCAUAUUCCCCAGCCCCAUCUGACCCCCAUUUCCUUGUCCCACCUCACUCACUCAAUCAUCCCUGGCCACCCUGCCACCUUUCUCGCUAGCCAUCCUAUCCACAUCAUUCCUGCAUCAGCCAUCCAUCCUGGGCCCUUCACCUUCCACCCUGUCCCACAUGCUGCCCUCUACCCUACCCUACUGGCCCCACGGCCUGCUGCAGCAGCUGCCACUGCCCUCCACCUUCACCCGUUACUUCACCCCAUCUUCUCAGGUCAGGACCUGCAGCACCCCCCUAGCCAUGGCACAUAGUUGGGGGAUGGGAUCUUAGAUAGGGCCAGGAAGGGAAACCCAUAAAUCUUCCCUUGGGGGUAUUGAGCCAUUAAUACCAGCAAGUAGAAGCUGGAAUGGGCAGUGUCUGACAGCCAAAGAAUAGAGUUUUGGCUUGCAGGGGUGGGUUUAGAUUUGAAGUUUGCUUUGAGUUUACUAUCAGGGAUUUUUUUCCUUUCCUCCUUUCUAUUUUUCCCUCCUCUCCUGUGUUUCCAAGCUAAGGAACACCAGUAAGUGCUACCCACCCAUCUGCAGCAACAUCUCCAAACUGUCAAGUUUAGAUAGUCCCCCCACUCCCUCUACUUUGUAUCCUCUGCUCUUCCCCUAUAAAUUUUAGAACAUUUUCCUCCUCUCUGGCUGCGUGUUGUCACCAAAGCACUUGCCCUGGGCCCUUCUGGUCCUGCCUUCUCAGUGCCACAAGGAAGACCAAGCUGUUCCUCUGAUGGUGAAAGCACUACUACUUUUGGGCAGUAUCUUUGACCAUCCCUUGGUUACCUUAUGUUAUCACAGGUGAGGUGAAAAGGGAGUCUGACCUAUAACCAGAUGCAACUCAGGCUGCAAUUCAAUCCACUUCCCACAUAAACAGAGCCACAUAUUUGGCACUGUUAUCCUGGUGUCCCUUAUCCUAGAAGAGGCAUCUGCAUAUCCCAGAAAAGAAGAUCUUAUCAUGAAUAGAAGCUAUGCGAAACAUAGAGUCACCCAUGUGCUUCCCCAGAGAGGAGCUCAUGUGUCUGAAGGGUGUAUUUUCUUCUGUCGUGUUGAUGGUUUCUUCUUAAUUUAUAGGAUUUUUUAAUGUAAAAAAUUGCACUGAACUCUAUAAACAUAAAUGCUGCUUUUUGUAGCUCAUAUAAAAAAGGUUCCAUAUUUGUAGUAUACUGCAAUAAUAUUUUUUACAUCCAGCUCUUUAAGUGAUCCUUGUUCUGGUGGCUUUGUGUAAAUAUGUUUGACCUAGUUGAAUUAAGAAACUUUAAAGGUUAUAAAAUGAAAACAAUAAAGUAUUUGUUUUCUGCUAGAUGCAAAAAUGACUAAGCAUGUAUAUUUUAUCAAGCUCAUGUAUUUUUUGAAGUUAACUAUAAAAUGUUAAAAAACAUUUUUUGCUGGGACACAAUGUUAAGUAAUUUGCAGUAAGUGGUACCCCCAGCACUGGGAUUUCUGAGCUAAUGGGCAGCAGUCAGCUGGGGGUGUUAGAUGGAUAGUCAGUUCUGAAUCUCCUUCAUGUACUUUCUUUUUAUACAGAGAAACAGGUGGACCCCACAGAGGAGGAGGGGGAGAUUCAACAGCUUUACUCUCUGGAAGCAGUGAGAUUGAGUGGUUGUCUGGGGAGAUUCCUGGGUUUCCCUGGGUACCUUGUUCCAGGCAGUCUAUUUGCCUUCCUAGUACUUAGCCCUCUCUGACAUUUUUUUUCUUUUUUAAAUGUGCCUUUUGGGUUGGCUAGAAAGUGAAAUAGAAGUAGACUGGAGGAUGAUAGAGUGGGGAUAGUUUUUCCCUCCUUUUGUUGGGAGGUGAGCACAUUCAUAGAUAACUUUAAGUUCUUUUGCUUCAUAGUUUCCAUGCCUUCUGCCCGGCUCAGUUUAAGCAGUAGAGGUUCUUUUUUUCUUUUCUCCAAUGACGCUGACCAGAGGAAUUACCACCUCAGCCUCUUUUCCCCUCUUCUUGCCUUUCACCCAGACUCUCAGCCGUAAUUAACACACUGACCCAAAGGUGCUUGUAUUGCAGGUCUCAUCUCCUUUGGUAUAGUUAGCAGUUCCCUUUUUGGCAUUUUUCUACCUACUCCUGUGUCUAGAAUUGGUUAUGUGGUCACUUGACAGGAAAAGCAAACCAUACUUACGUGGGCCAACACUCUGUGUUUCUGGCCUUUCUUCUCAAAUUCCCAAAAGAGAAAGAUUUUGAGUUUAUGAGAAGCAAGUGUUGGGCAAACAGGCUCUUGACUGAGCCCCCCUCCUACCUGUUCAGUGCUCUUUUUCUGAUUUAGAAACAUCAUUUUUUGGCUAACUAGCACUGGGAAAAUGAAACCAUCUGUUUGAAGUGAAGGAACUCAUUUUUCUUUGCUUUCAGCCCAUGUAAAUAUUUAAAUAAUGCAGUAUUAACAUUUUUGUGCUGCUUCCCAUUAGCUUGUAGAUUGAGCCAUACUCUGGCCACCUCUCUGCCUUCCUGGGGGCAGUUUCUUUAACUUCCAGAAUAGUGAUUUUAAAACUUAAAAAAAAGAAAAAGGAAAAACAAAAUAACCUAUCCUUACUUACAAGCAUAACAGAUUGUAUUUAACUUUAUCACAUAUGAUAUAGAUAUAUAUGCUGUAAAAUGAGGGAAAGAAACUUUCUAAUAAACCAAUGAUUUGUGGAAACUUA